AUAUAACCAAUAAUCGAUUGAAAACGCGAAUAGGCCAUUUAUUCGUUCAAAAUGUUUUCGAUAAAACUAUAAGCGAUUCGAUUGUAUUGCACUGGACGAACAUAAUCACAUAACUAAAUUUUAUCUAUUACAAAGAAUACUGACGCGUAAUACGGUGUGGUCAAAGUUUGCUUCAAAGUUUUAAAAAAUUCAAAUAUUAACGUCCGAGAUGCCGAAAGAUAUCAAGCGAGUACGCUUUCAAAAUAACGAAAAUAUGCCUCCUCGUAAUAAGGAAGCAAUUAAAGAAUGUGCGGGAUGUUGUGCUUUGGAGGUGAAGUUGACGAGUUUGCAAGAAACGGUGGAAAACUUGAAGAACGAGAUCAUAUCAACCAUGACUGCCCAAAAUUCUUCGGUAAUGUCGGCGCUGGCAGAGCAAAAAGUAGUUACAGAAAAAUUGGUUCGGCAAGAUUCUACGGCAGGGUCGAUUAAAUCUUGUUUUCCUCUGACCUCUACAGAAGACUUAAUUAAGAUUAAUGAAAAAGUGGUACCGGAAACCCGUUCCAUGUUGAUUUCUGUAAUAAGAACUCUGCUUCAACACUCACUAAGCAAAAACCUGAAAUAUGUGUUCAGUACUGACGUAAUAAUGGAGUACAACGUAGACGGAACCCACGGAAAAAAGAGCCUCAAAGAACAUAAAAAUUUCUAUGCGGUUUUUUUGGAAUCUAUAAUAAGCUUUACCAGCGCCGAUGAACCAGAAACGCAACUACGAAAAGCACUCCAGUUGAACAAGAAGAGGUUUUUUCAAAAAAGGGCUCUCGCGGAAAAAUCUUCGCAGCAACCGGGUUCAUCAAAUAAAAAUCACGAUGUUUAACUGGCUUUAUUUUUUUUUAAUGAAUACCCAAAAUUUUAUUUUUUAUUCAUUUUUUUUUUGAGAAUUUGUGUUAGUUUUAAUUAGAAUAUAUUUACCAAUAGUGCAAAUUUAAAUUCAUUUUUGAAUACCUACCACUUAGAGCCUAAGAAACUUACAAAUAUGACUGAAAUGUGCUUCAUUUUAAAUGAAUUUAUAUUAAUUUAACUAACCAAAUCGUUAUAUAAGAAUUUUAUUUACUCUUUUACUCUUAGUAUAUAUUACCACUUGUUUAAGAUACCAUGUAUGUAUCUAAUGAAUUUUAUUUUUUAUUUUUAUAGCAAUAUCUAUUUAUUUUAUUCGUUUUGUUGGUUUCCGAAGGAAUAGAGCUGCCAAAUAAAACUGCAUUUCUUUGAUUAAGCAUUUUAAUUCAAACGCUAAAUUUUAAUAAAAAGCUAGUUUUGUAUACAAUUUUUAUAUGAAAUAAAAUAUUUUAAAACGUUAA